CAGGGUCUCAGGCUGCACAGAGACUCAGGUCUGUGGCUGGCCUGCUACAGCUGCGGGACCCAGCAUGGGCCUGGAGCUCUUCAUGGACCUGCUGUCAGCGGCCUGCCGUGCUGUCUACAUCUUUGCCAGGAAGAACAGCAUUCCUUUCGACUUCCAGUUCGUGGAUCUGUUGAAAGGUCACCACCACAGCAGGGAAUACAUCGAGAUUAACCCCCUAAGGAAGUUGCCCGGCCUCAGAGAUGGAAAAUUUAUCUUAUCUGAAAGCAUGGCUAUCCUUUUCUACCUGUGCCGCAAGUACAGUGCACCUUCUCACUGGUACCCUCCAGACUUGCACAUGCGUGCCCGAGUGGACGAGUUCAUGUCCUGGCAGCACAUAGCCAUUCAGCAGCCCAUGAGCAAGCUACUCUGGAUCAAGUUGCUGAUCCCCAUGAUCACAGGUGAGGAGGUUUCAGUGGAGAAGACCAAUCAAGUACUGGAAGAGGUGAAGAAAAACCUCCAGUUAUUCGAGGAGAAGUUUCUACAGGACAGGAUGUUCAUCACAGGGGACCACAUCUCACUGGCUGACUUGGUGGCCUUGAUGGAGAUGAUGCAGCCCAUGGGGGGCAAUCAUAACGUCUUCCUUGGCAGCUCCAAGCUGGCCGAGUGGCGCAUGCGCGUGGAGCUGUACAUCGGCUCUAGCCUCUUCUGGGAGGCCCAUGAUCGGCUGGUGAAGUUAGUAGAGUGGGACGUUUCGACGUUGGAUCCAAUGGUGAGAGAAAGGAUCUGCAACUUUGCGGUGACCUACAAAUGACCUACAGGGAGCUCAUCCUCCAGAGACCCGCUGACUCAGCCC